GGUGCGCCACCGGAUGCCCCACCACCGACAUCCUUGAAAAAGAGCAGCUAUGGGGGAGGUCCUGUCAUACCUCGCCGAGAUCGCCGACAAUCGAGCAGUUUGUUCAAUGUUUCAUCGAACCGGGAGCUGGUGAAAUUGCCAUCCAUCAAAGACGCUGAACCAUCGGAACGUGAAGACUUGUUCAUUCAGAAGUUACGGCAAUGCUGCGUGGUUUUCGAGUUUGCCCAAGAUCCCUUGAGCGACAUGAAAUACAAAGAGGUGAAGCGAGCAGCACUGAACGAACUCAUCGACUACGUAUCGACGUGCCGUGAUGCCAUCACGGAAAAUAUAUACCCUGAAGCGAUAAACAUGUUUGCCAUCAACUUGUUUCGACCGCUGUCACCGCCAACGAACCCUGUAGGUGCCGAGUUUGAUCCCGAUGAGGAUGAGCCGACUCUUGAAGCAGCGUGGCCCCAUCUGCAGCUAGUCUACGAGUUCUUCCUACGUUUCCUCGAAUCUCCCGAUUUUCAAUCCAGUGUGGCAAAGAAAUACAUUGAUCACAAAUUCAUGUUGCGGUUGCUGAUGAUCAUGGACUCCGAAGACCCGCGCGAAAGAGAUUUCCUCAAAACUACUUUACAUAGAAUCUAUGGAAAAUUUCUAGGAAUGAGGGCAUAUAUUCGGAAACAAAUAAAUAACAUCUUUUACUGCUUCAUUUACGAAACGGAGCGACAUAAUGGUAUCGCAGAAUUGCUGGAAAUCCUAGGAAGCAUUAUAAAUGGUUUUGCACUCCCUCUCAAGGAAGAACAUAGGACUUUCUUGCUUCGUGUUUUGUUGCCGUUACACAAGGUGAAGUCACUGUCGACAUAUCAUCCACAGUUGGCUUACUGUGUUGUACAGUUUCUCGAAAAGGAUCCAUCCUUGACUGAGCCUGUUAUCAUGGGUUUGUUGAAAUUCUGGCCAAAGAUUCACAGUCCAAAAGAGGUUAUGUUCCUGAACGAACUCGAAGAAGUUUUGGAUGUUAUCGAGCCAGUGGAGUUCCAGAAGGUCAUGGUUCCACUUUUCACACAGCUAGCUCGCUGUGUUAGUAGUCCACACUUCCAGGUAGCAGAGCGAGCACUCUAUUACUGGAACAAUGAAUAUGUGAUGUCUUUGAUAGGGGAAAAUGCUACAGUUAUAUUGCCAAUAAUGUUUCCAGCAUUGUACAAAAACAGCAAGUCUCAUUGGAACAAAACAAUUCACGGUUUGAUUUAUAACGCACUUAAGUUAUUGAUGGAGAUCAACCAGAAGUUAUUUGAUGAAUGCUCACAGAAUUACGCUAAGGAACGUUCUUUGGAGAAAGUUCGACAGGAAGAAAAAGAGCGGAAAUGGGAACUGAUCGAACAGUGUGCACGGAGAAAUCCGAAGUACUGUGAGGUCAAAGCUGCGUUCGGCGACGUGAACGGCAUCACCUGUGACAGCACUGUGCAGUUGAGCAAGGAGGAAAUCAUGCGCAAUACGCUAAACAGGGUGAGUGAAGUUAUUUCUGAUUCCAGAGAAGCUGGUUUCACGCAAAAACGCAGCGAGCUCCCUCCGGACAUGCAAACGGAGAAGGCUUUAGAAGAAUAUAAACGGCACGAUGCCUAUUUGCGAAAGCUGGGUAACGCAGAGUGA